AUGGGCCUCUUCCAUGGCAUGAACUUGGAAGGGAUCAAGCCCGACGACGUGAGCUUUCUGGGAGCUCUAAGUGCCUGCACGAGCCCUGGGUGCUUGCGAUCGUGCAAGCGGAUCCACUCGCAGCUGGAGCUCGCCGCGGUGCACUCUCCUCCAGAUUUGAGCUUGGAGAACUCGCUUGUCACUGCCUACGCCAAGUGUGGAGAUCUAGAGGCCACCGAGAGGAUUUUUCAGAGAAUCCCAGGCAAGAACGUUGUGUCCUGGACGGCCAUGCUCACUGCUACACAUUUCACGGCAAUGGAUCCAAAGCUCUCGAGCUCUACGACAAGAUGGUCGGGCAGUCGAUCCAGCCGGACAGCGUGGUGCUGCUCAACGUACACCGGAUCACUGGUCGGGGACGUCGGCCUCGCGAGAAAGCUCCAUGCUCGCGUUGCUUCCUCCAGCUUCGUGCUCAAGAUCCAGAUCCAGAAUGCGUUCAUCAACAUGUACGCACAGUGCGGCAGCCUGGAGGAGGCAAGGUGGGUGUUCGAUGGGAUUGAGAAGAAGAACUUGGUGUCAUGGAACGCGAUGAUGGGAUCUUAUGUGCAGCAUGGAUACGUUGAGGAAGCAAUUGCAUUGUUGCUGGGAACUCGAGGACCAUGGAGUCCGGCUUGA